CCAAUAGGUCGCGACGCGGCGCGAUUGCGUUGAAUUUUCAAUUUUGAGUGGUUUAAUUGUUUGGCUUUUUGAAUUGCACAUUAAUACUCAUAAUUAUAAAAGUGCAUGUAAUUGGUUGCAGUGCAACACAAAUCGUGAUUGAUAGUGAAAAAAAAACUAGUACCUGCGCAGUUUUUCGAACAAUUUGUUUUUGUUACUGAGACAGUCGGCGGCAGCGCAACGUACAGUAAAAAUGACAAACAUGCGCCCACCGCAGAAAUCCAAACUACUGAAGGUCAUCAUACUCGGCGACGGAGGUGUGGGCAAAUCGGCGCUCCUUACGCGCUUCGUCUCGAAUCGUUACGAGGAAAACAAUUUCCAUACGAUUGGCGUGGAGUUCAUGAACAAGGACAUCGCUGUAGACGGCGAAAAGUACACACUACAGAUAUGGGACACGGCUGGGCAGGAACGGUUUCGCGCCCUGCGCACGCCCUUUUAUCGCGGCUCGGACAUGUGCCUGCUGUGCUAUGCACUGGACGAUCGGGACAGCCUGCGCGGACUGCGGCUGUGGCGUAACGAGUUCCUCAGCUAUGCGGACGUGAAGGCCGACAGGUUCCCGUUUAUUGUCGUGGGCAACAAGAACGACCUGCGGCCGGAGAAGCGACAAGUGAGCUACGAGGAUGUGCAGCAGUGGUGCACGGAGCACGGCAUUGGCGCACACAUUGAGACCUCCUCGAAGACGGCGACAAAUGUAUCGGACGCCUUUGUGCUCGCCCUGCGCCAGUGGCGGCGCAUGGAGUGCGUCGCCGAGGCGGAACAGCGCCAGCUUGGCGACACCAUCGACCUAACGCAGCCCAUUCGACUGAUGCAGGGUCGCCAGUGCUGCACCGGCGGCGGCGGUGGGACGAGGAGCAAGGCAGGCGAUGUCGUCAACGAGACUGACGAUGAUGGGCAAAUGGCGGACGCGGCCAUGCGUUCGCCCUCCGCCAUGUCGCGCCAUUUGUUUGGCAAAUCGCGCAGUUCGCCAAAGGCGCCAGCGACCAAUUACCGACUAUGAGCUGGAUGUGGGGAGGGGAGUAUGUAUACGUUUGUUUUUUUUUUCUUGCUGCUUAGCCAGAGGCAUUCAGUACAUUCCAGCCAAGUGGGUGACAGUUGGUAAGAGUAUCCCAGCACAGACCAAAUACACAUGCAGCAAAAUGCGCAAGACACAUUUCGAGAUUAAGGCGGUAGCGAGUAGGGAGUAACGAACAACGAGUAGCGAGUAACGAGUAACGUGUUACGAGUCCGAUGCAUAUAACAGUUGGAUACGUAUUACAGUUUGAUUUAUGACAAGAGGGCAGUGAAGAACGAGUAGCGUGUAACGAAUAGCGAGUAACGUGUUACGAGUAGCGAGAAGCAGAUGGGUAUAACAGUUUGAUACGUACUUCAGUUUGACUUAUGACAAGAGGGUAGUGAAUAACGAGAAGCGUGUAACGAAUAACGAGUAGCGAGUAACGUGUUACGAGAAGCGAGUAACGUGUUACGAGAAGCAAGUAACGUUUCACGAGGCAGAUGCUUAUAACAGUUUGAUAAUGAAAUGAGGUAAUGUAUUAGAGUUUGACUUAUGACAAGAGGGUAAUGAAUAACGAGUAGCGUGUAACGAAUAACGAAUAGCGCGUAACGUUUUACGAGUCAGAUGCAGUAUAACAGUUGGAUAAUGAAAUCAGGUAACGUAUUACAGUUUGACUUAUGACACGGUACACCACAAGCUGUGUAUAAAAAUUGUGCCUUGCGAGUGGACGAGUUGACUUGACCAUAGAGCCUAAGAUAACAAAAUUGUUUUUACACCCUAAGCUAUUAUACAAAUAUUUUUUGUAUGUCUAACAAUUAUACACGUUAUAAAAGAAUAGCUUUAAAUGACUUGUGCUGAAACAGAUAAUCUCCCACCAAAAAGAUGAUAUGAACGACAUCAAUGGUGGCUAUUAAUUAAAUAUUUGUAAAACAAUAUGACUUGCUUUGUAUAACGGUAUUUUAACCACUUAAAAUCUUACCUAUAUGCCAGAAAAUAUAGGUAAUCUACCUAAAAAC